UUACUGUUAUUGAAAUCUGAUAGUGGCGGCCAAGAGAUAACAAAAAAAUGUCAAAAAGGUAACAUGGUAUCUUCCUUAUUGUACUACUAUUUUUUAUAAUGAAAAGCACUCUGGUCCCUGGCCAGUGGCCACAACCAAAUAGUGACCCUUCUUUUUGCACGGUCUCAAAAUUUUAAAACACUCAAGAUUGGUUGGUUAAUAAAGUUGAGCCUUUUCUUGUUACUAUAUGAAUUUAUUAAUAACACUUUUGUCUUAUUAAAAAAUGUAUCCAUUACCUCUUGUUAAUUGUUGUGACCAAUCCACACAAAAAGUAAUUAAUCUAGACUAUAGCAUAUAAGUAUUCUUAAUUUCCUUUCCAUGCAUACUGAACUUUAUUGGUUUGUUCUCUAUUUUCUUUUUCUUGUUUUUGAGAGAUGAUGAACAGUACUACUAUCAAAUUUCUUAUACUUUUCUUCAGUGUUACAGUAGCACAACCACUAAAAGGACAAAACCAAUUGAUUUUGGCAGAUCAAAGACUUGCUAUAGUAUACCCCAUUAUCCAAAACUUCAAGAAUACUAUCUCUUCUGAUCCUUUAGGUGUUACAAAAUCUUGGGUUGGUCCAAAUAUAUGUAAUUAUACUGGUUUUUACUGUGAAAGUCCUCCAGACAACAACUCAGCAAUUGCUCUUGCUUCUAUUGAUUUCAAUGGGUUUCAACUUAGCGCUUCGACGCUUGAUGGCUUCCUUGAUCAGCUUCCAGAUAUAGCCAUUUUUCAUGCUAAUUCCAACAAUUUUGGUGGGAAUUUGUCUCCAAAUAUCGCGAAUCUUCCUUAUCUCUAUGAACUUGAUAUUAGUAACAACCAAUUUUUCGGGCCAUUUCCUAGUGCAAUUUUGGGCAUGAAUAGCCUAAAUAUAUUGGAUAUAAGAUUCAAUUCUUUCACUGGAUCUGUCCCACCUCAACUGUUCACUAAAGAUCAACUAGACGCGCUCUUCAUCAACAACAACAAUUUCAUGCAGAGGCUCCCUGAUAACAUCGCGACAAGUCAUGUUACUUAUCUUACCUUAGCCAACAACAGAUUUUUCGGUCCUAUCCCACGUAGUAUUUCCAAAAUCUUGUCGAGUUUGACAGAGAUUUUACUGCUCAACAACUUGUUGAGUGGCUGCCUCCCUUAUGAACUAGGAUUCUUGAACCAAGCAGUAGUUUUCGAUGCUGGCAAUAACAGACUCACCGGUCCACUUCCAUUCUCAUUAGGCUGCUUGGAAAAUGUCGAAAUCUUGAACUUUGCUGGAAAUCAAUUGUAUGGUGUAGUCCCUGAUGUGAUUUGUGCCCUGGGGAAUUUGGUUAAUUUAUCGCUGUCCGAUAACUAUUUUACAGGAUUUGGGCCAAUUUGUUUGAGAUUGAUAGAAAAUGGAGUGCUUGAUUUGAGGAAUAAUUGUAUUCCUGGUCUUCCAUUUCAGAGAUCAAUGGCUGAAUGUGUAGCAUUUUUUGCUUACCCAAGGUACUGUCCACAUAUGGUUACAUAUACUUAUAUUCCUUGUUGGCUUUCCAAUUUCAAAACACCUCCUCUAGAUCUCCCUAAAUUGGCUCCUUAGCAAUCCUUUUUUUUUUUUUUGUAAAAUUAUUAUUUUAAAGUUAAAAGUUUGUAUUUUCCAUUGAACAAAGUGUGAAUGACCAAAACUGUUUGUAAGUUCAUCUGACCACAUAAUGCAAUAACAUAAGUGUUCAUGAUGA